AUGUUUCAACCAUGGGAAACCGAAAAUAUGAACACCUCGGCUGUACUGAAGACUCCCGAAAUACCUGAAAAAAUUGUUAAAGAAACCAAAUGUCCUGAGCCAAUUAAUUUGAGAUCAGUUUUGGCUUACUUGAAAUGUCAGGGAUAUCCUAGCUAUAUCCAUAGUAAAAAUGAUAAAUCUAACUUUCGAAGACAAACCAAAUCAUUUUAUUUGUCCGAUGACGUUAUAUAUUAUAAAAAAAAUUCUGUCUGUGUUAUAUUCGACGAAAAACAAAGAUAA